AUGUCGGACCCGAAACGACUCCUUGCCGCCGACCCGCUCAGCGCCGGGCUGGGCGGCAAGACGCACUUUGCUGUCGCUGGCCAGAGCUCGAGCGGCGCACCGGGAGACGUGCGGAUGUACCAGUGGGACAGUGGGACGGAUACUCUGAGUAUCGUUGGCUUGCAAUCAGACGUUGGAGGCAGCAUCAAGGCUCUCGCAUGGUGCCCUCAUCCGGCACAGCGGCGCCUCCUCUCGCUCGGCCUUGGAACCGGCCGAACACAACUCUUCACCUUGCCGCAGAGCAGUCUGAACCUGACUCCGGGUGUGUCGACGUCACCCGUAGCAGUUCUGUCCGUCAAGCACCAGCGCGCCGUGACAGCGCUCGACUUCUCGACCCACGACCCCUCCCUCCUCGCGAUCGGAUACGAGCGGCAUCGGUCCGACUACUCCCUCCUAAUCUGGGACAUUGCCGAUGCGAUUGCAGCUUUGCAGCCCGAUCCAAGCGGCGAAUCAACCUAUGUCCGGCCCUCGGAGCGGCUCGAGGCGCACGUCAUCUCGCGCACUGACCGAUGCCGGCAUAUCCAGCAGUACUGCGCGAGCGAGGCCGUGCACUCCGUCGCGUGGAUCCCGGGGUCGAGCUUCCAAUUGCUAGCCAGUGCGAACAACAAGGCGAUCAGGACGUACGACCUGCGCACGCCGUCGCGCGAUGCGGGCGGGAGCGGCGCAGUGACGCAGUGGGCGACCAAGGCCGUGUUCCACCUCGCACCCAGGCCGGGCACAUGUACAGUCGCCAGUGCCGAGAUGGGCACGGUGAGGUUGUGGGACACGCGCCAGCCCGGACUCGAGGUCACGAGCAUUGAUGUCAAGGACUCAGGACCCGUCACGGGCAUGUCGUGGGUAGACGGCAGACUUGGUGUCGGCACUCGCGACGCGGGCGUCCGGCUGUGGGACAUGGUCGGCGACGAGCCCCAGGUGGCCGGCAUGCGCCACGUCGUGAAGCCGAGGCAGCCGCUGCAGAGCUUCGCCUUCGUGCCGUCCAAGAAGGCGAAGGAUAUCGCCUUUGUCGUGCGCGACGGCACGAUUGGGAUUGGUCCGAUUGGAUCGCCGACAGGGGUUGCGCUCAGUGCGCGAAGUGACUUGGCGAUAUGCGCCUCCGGUCUGCAGAUUCUGGACCCCGAGACCGGCGGCACCGGCGCGUGGACGCCGGCGACGAGCGUCCCGCCGUCGCCCGUGCGCGAGACCGAGACGCGGCGAAAUCGCUUCCAGCUCGCGCCGGAGCGCGUCUCUGCUCUCCUCAGCGCGCAGCGCAAGAGCCGUUCGGGAUGGAGUACGCCCGCGUCUCUCGGCCGGGCAGCGACGCACGAAGAAGCGUUAGACGAGUUAGCGCACUCGCUCGCCGUUGACUUUGACGAGGCGCAGGGCAUGGAGGGUUUUGCGCGCGUUCUCCGGCACGACGGAUCGUUUAUCAUGCGGCGCCGCGUCGAGGAGGGCUACGGACUCGAGAACCUGCACCUGAACGCUGCCAUCGCGACGCGCUUCCCGGACGCGGACCGUAUUGCGGGCUGCUGGGAGUUCAUUGACCACUUCGUGCGCGCGACGGGACCUUCGGUGUCCGUCCGCGGAUCUUACGACCUGACGUACCAGGGCCUGUGGGCCGUGUGGAGCGGAGAGCUCGGCAACGAGUCAAGUGCGGGCUGGACGGGGUCGAUGCGUAGUGUGUCGUCGUCCUCGGAGAAGGGUGGCCCGCCAGCACAUGACGCAGAGUACAACGCCGCCGUCGCCAAGCUGAACGCGCUGAGGAGCGACGCGGGCUCAGUCGGCGCUCCCGGCUCCCACCGGCUUCCGCACGGCUCGCGCGCCCCGCAGCGGCGCAUGAUGCUCGCGAUCUGCGGCGAGAACAGCGGCUACGACGCUAUGAAGGAGGUGGACCGCCUUGUCGCCGACGCGCAGCGUACGAAGGCGGCGUGCUGGGCCUUCUUCGCGGGCGAGGAGGAGCCGGCCGUCACACUGCUGAUGCGCUCGAGCGACGAGCGCCACCGCCUCAUGGCCGCGACGAUUGCGGGCUUCAUGACGCAGGCGAAGGCAGAGCGCGGCUCCCUCUUCUGGCAGGAGCACUGGCGCAGUCUCGUCGACAAGGUCGACGACCCCUACGUCCGCGCCGUGCUUAGCAAGAUUGCGGGCGAGAACUGGGAUAACAUCCUCUACGACGAGAGCCUGCCGCUGCUGGACCGCGUCGCUAUUGCCGUGUGCAACCUGACUCACGCAGUUCCUGCGCAACCGGCUGAACCGAUGCGUGCAGCUGGGCUCGCUGCCAGGCCUGGCCCUGACGGGCUUCACGCCCUCUGGCCUGGCGCUUCUGCAGCGAUUCGUAGACCGAACCUCGGACAUUCAGACGGCAGCCCUGCUCUCCGUCUUCUUCAACCGCUCGCGCCUGUCCGACUCGGACGCCCGCCGCGUCCUGAAAUGGCAGGACGCCUACCGCUCCCUCCUGGACAGCUGGCUGGCGUGGGUCGCGCGGUGCUCCUUCGACGUGGCAGUCAAGGACGAGCGGCGCGUGCUCGGCGAGGAGUCGCCGACCGACGCGCAGACCAUCGUCACCUGCCCCGUGUGCCACAACCAGAUUGCGCGCGAGUUCAACGAACUCCUCAGUAUCAAGAAGGCACACUUGCGCGGCACCGUCAAGCCGCCGAGCGUGCGCACGACGCAGUGCCUGUACUGCCAGAACGCGCUGCCGAGGUGCUCUAUCUGUGA